AUGCCCAAAGCAACUUCAACUCGAAUAAUCGCGGGUUUCUGGGGCUUCUUCACCCUGAUAAUAAUCUCUUCAUACACCGCCAACUUGGCAGCAUUUCUGACGGUGGAAAGAAUGCAAUCGCCAAUAGAGGAUGUUAGAGACCUCGCAAUGCAGACUAAGAUUCAAUAUGGUGCCCGAAGCGGCGGUUCAUCGGAGGCAUUUUUCUCUAAAUCAAAUCAUUCAAUUUACCAGCGCAUGUGGCAAUUUAUGUCCAGUCACAAAGGCGUGAUGAUUAAUAACACCACACAGGCGAUUGAAAGAGUGAAAAAGGGUGGCUAUGCCUACAUCCUCGAAUCAACCAUGAAUGAGUACUACACUCAACGCGACUGUGAUCUUACGCAAAUUGGAAACAAUCUUGACUCUAAGGGUUAUGGCAUUGGAUUUCCUCAUGGUUAG